AUGGAGUAUUAUGAGCUAUGCAAAUUAGACGAAACUAUAUCUUUGAAAAAACAGAAUCCAUUCGCUUCUAAACCUCCAUUUAGAUUAGGAGUUGCAGGCACCUCUGAGUCAGGAAAGACAAAAAUAGUAGUACGCAGAAGCAAAAAUUUUGGUGAAAGGUAUAUUCUGUGUGAUGAUUUAAUUGUUGUUGUGCAACACCAAGAUGAAGAAUUAUAG